CUACCCUUUCCGUUCUCGGAGGACGAGGGCGCGACGGCACGCGGCGAAAACGACGCGGCCGCGUCGCCAAAACCGUCGCCUCGCUUCCUCCCUCCCAUGACGGGCUCGAAACCCGCGCCCGCCGCCUCGCAGAACCCUAGCGCGGUCCCGCAUCGUCGUCCUCCUCCUCCUCCUCCUCCUCCUCCUCCGCCGCCGGUGACAGCGGUUGCGAGGGUGCGCGAAGAAGGCGAGCUCUCCUCCGGCGCCGACGACGACGAGACUCUGCAAACUCAGCUAGGUGCCGCAUCCAUUCUUGGGAAGUUUGUGGAGGCUGGAUCUCAAGUGCCAUCGGCAAGUCUCCUCGGUAAAGGCAGUAACACCUUGAUUGUCUCAAAUGCUCUGAAUCAUAAAGCGUCUGCUCCAAGUUACAAGAAGAUCAUGAGGGUGAAUCAGGGGCAAUUCAAACCUGGCACUAACCGGAAUCUUUCAUGGCAGAAGCCUGUGUCAAGUGAUAACCUUCUGAUAACUUUCUCAGAUGAUGAUAGUGGGGCAGACUCUGGGAAGACAGGGCGAGAUAAAGUUAGGAAGGCUAGCUCUCAAGGUACACAGAGAACAGGGAACAGUAUGCAAACUAGGAUCAUGAGAGAGGAAGUAUCUCAGCAGAAAAACCUUGGUUCAAAAGUAGGUCCUGCACACUUGCCUGCUUUUCCAUUCACACAUAGAAAUGUUGGGGCCGGCAGGGCAUCAGGUAAUACCUUUUUCAGGAAAGAGCUGCCUGUCCGCCAAGUUAAUCCUCUAAAGUCUAAACAGAAAGUUCAAAAUGGGGUAGGAGUACAUUCUGAAGAUCAUAGGUUAGAAAUCUUGCGCCAUAAGAUAGCUGCUAAAGAAAAUGAACUAAAAGGUCAAAAAAGACCUUUGUCCGCUGUUGCUACAAAGAAUGCAGAUUUUUCUUCCAAUCAGCCAAGGCUGCCAUCUGAAAAGAUAAGGCUUGAAGCUUCCAGCAUUGGUGAAUAUUCACGCUUUAAUAGUCUGUCUGAACAUAGUGGAGGACCAAAUAAAAGGUUGAAGCUCAAUCAGCAGUACAACCAAUUUUGUAGUGACCUGACACCAUUGGCACCUAUUGGUUCUAUAUCAGGAAAAACCAAUGUGCAAUCUUCAGAAGUGACAAAUCGGUCUGAAAAUGGAAUUACUAUGAACCUUAAUGUUAAUGAAACAGAUACAACAGACACAACAGAACUUGCAGAUCAAAUACAACAAGGUGGGGCAACUAAGAGCCUACGUCACCACAAAGAUUCAGGAGGUGCUGAGAACCAUGUUAUGCUUGAGUCACAUGAUGGGCUUGCAGCACAACCACCAUUUACUGACACACAAACUAUACCAGAAGAUACAAGUGCGUUGGCCCCUGUGACGUCAGCCCAAGCUAGGCAACAGGUACUGGCUGUUGGUACUUCACCUGUGUUAGACGGAACACCACAAUUGCAACCUGGAAAGGAGAAUGACGAAUGUUUGAACAGCAGUGGCCAGAUAGGCGUAGAGACACAGAACACAAUAUUGUUCUCUCUACUUGAGAUGGAAGAAUUACAAGACAAGGAAUUGGAGGAUGCUCAGGAGCAUAGACAAAAAUGUGAAGCUGAAGAAAGAGAAGCUCUUAGAGCUUAUCGCAAAGCACAAAGAGCUUUACUUGAGGCAAAUGAAAGAUGUGCAAUUCUUCGUAGAAAAAGGGAGAUUUGCUCUUCACAAGUCCAUGGUUUAAUUGCAGAGAAUUCUUCUUUGGUGCAGUCUUUGAGUAUUCGGAAUCCUGAAGAUGGCCUUGCAAUGCCAUCACUGCUCAAUUCUCAGAUUCAUGCAGUUAGUCAGAUUCCUGAAAAUCAGGGUGGUAGACACAGGCUGUGUCCUGAAGAACCUUCUCAGCAGCAAAUUGAUAAGCAUGAAGAUGAAGCACGUCCACACUAUUGUGAUAAGCUUGCUGCCAGCACAGCUGAUCCCAGCUCUGUGAGUGCUGUCAAUGCUGACAGCAUCCUUUCAGAUUAUAUGGAGGAUGAUCUUCUGUUCCCGACUAGACAGGCAAGAUCAGAAUGUGCUCUGGAUGUUGAGAAUCAAAUGGAAGAAACUAUACAUGUAUAUGCAGAGGAAAACAGACAAGUUUCUGGUGACGGUGGUGAGGAUUAUGAACUUUUAGAAGCUUCUUUGAGGUCUAGAUUGGUGGAAAGGUUUGGGAAGAAAUCAUGUUUGAAUGGCACCAUUGAUGAAGGUACUGAAGGACUUGCUGUUGGGAAAGUAGCUGCAGAACAUGGCAAGCAGUCUGCAUAUGUUGGACAUCAGUUACAGGAAGCAGAGCAGAAUAUUAUGACAACUACUCUUGAAGGUACAAUGGAGCUGGAAAAUGAUGGUGCUGAAAAAACUGUUGGCCUCUCUAAUUCUUGUAGUGGUCCUUCAAUGGGCAACUGUGAUCCUGAGGACAACAUUUCCUCUCUCAAAGAGUUAUGCAUGCCAUUGGUUAUGGACAGUCUUAUUUUUCCUUCUUCAGCUCCACUAAAUGCUGCUAGACAAAUCAAGCGGGCAUUUCCUGGGAUUUGCAAGGAGCUUUCAGAUUACAAAAAUGACCAUCUGACCAGUGAUGCAGUGUCUGAAGUUACAGGAAGUGUACAAGAUAUGAUACACGACCUUGUUGGAGAAAAUAUGAAGAUGCUCCCAACUACCCAAAAUGAUAAUAAUAUGGUGCACAGUGUGAUUGAUCCCUUCUGGCCCUUUUGCAUGUUUGAGCUUCGAGGAAAAUGCAAUGACGAAGAGUGCCAGUGGCAGCAUUUUGAGCAUCAUGAUUGGAGAAAGCUAGAGCUUACAAAACACUCUAUGAUCUCUGUUUCAGGCCAGAUCCCUUAUGGUUUGUCUCAGUAUAUUCUUCCAGUGCCAGUGUAUCGUGUUGGUUCAAAUCUUAUUAAAGCUGAUCUGAACUUGACACAGUCAGUGUUGGCUAGCAGUUUAUGGCAAUAUUGGCAAAGGGGGUUUUGUGCUUCUUUUCCUUUACCUUUAUCUGUUCAAAGAGUUCUUCCAUCAGAUGCACCAUUCUUUCAGGCUGGUGAUGGCCGGAUUGCUGAUUUUGAUAGGAACAGACAACUACUAAAAUUUCGAAUGCUGGAUAGCAGGAAGAAUAAGAUUGUACAGGGUUCUGUUGAUAUUGAAUUCUUCUUGGAGGCAGCCCUUGAUUUAUAUUGUGGAAAAGUAAACAAGCCUGACAGAAUCAAGGCUCUUUCAUUUCUGGCGCGGUCCAUUGAGGCUGAUCCAAGUACAGUUAUCCUGUGGGUGUUUUAUCUCCAUAUUUACUAUCAAAAGGAUGAAGGACUUGGAAAAGAUGACAUGUUUUCUGAUGCGGUGCAACACAAUGUUUAUUCUUAUGAAUUAUGGCUUAUGUAUAUAAAUAGUAGGUUACGCGUUGAUGAUCGAUUGGAUGCUUAUAACGAUGCUUUGAGCAUGCUCUGCCAAAUGACAGCUGAGACUGACAAGGAUCUACAAGAAAGAAGUGCUUUCAUACUAGACAUUUUCUUACAGAUGAUUUACUUCCUGUGCAUGUCUGGAAAUAUAGACAAGGCAGUUUCUAGGAUUAUUGGAAUUCUUCCAACUGCAAUGCCUGAUAAUUCUGGUGACAAGUUGCUUGCUGAUGUCAUUUCUUGCUUGACCAUGUCCGACAGAUGCAUAUUUUGGAUUUCGUGCCUAUAUGUCUUAAUUUACAGGAACCUUCCAGAGGAAAUUAUUGAUCAGCUGGAGUUUCAGAAAGCUUUACCUCGUGCUUUAAUAUGGCCUUCUAUUGAUCCCAGUGUAGACAACAGAGAUAAGAUUACAGAUCUUCUAAAUUUUGCUGCUUGUAAGAUGGCUGAAGAUAUUAGUGAGUGUGUUAAAAACGGGGAUCCAUCUUACCUGAUGUUAUCACAAUUCCUCGCUGUUAACCACAUUAGUUGUCUAGCGGCCAUUGGAGGCUUAAAAUCUUCUGUUGAUAUGCUGGUGACCUACAUGAAGGAGUACCCAAUGUGUCCUCAGAUUCUUCUGAUCUCAGCUCGGUUAGACAGAAAGCAUGGUACAUGUCCAGGUCUGAAAAGCUUUGAUGAGUUGAUCUUGAAUUGGCCUAAAGAGGCACAAGGAAUUCAAUAUAUGUGGAAUCAAUAUGUUGAACAUGCUCUGGCCACUGAUGCCGAGUUAGCUGAGAAGGUACUGACUUGCUGGUUUGAAGAACAUGGAAAGGACUGUGAUAUCCAAAGCAAUGCUGCUAUUUGUAUAGAACUGAGCAGUGAAGAACCUGGAACAUCAUCACUUGUUUCACCUCAGGCAGUUGGUUCUGGUCCAUCUAUAUCAGAAGAUCUCGUCUUUCGGUUACUAAACCUCUCACUGUAUAAGAUACUGGAGAACAACCUACAGGAAGCACAAAUGGCUGCGAGUAAAGCAUUGAAAUUGGCUCAUGGGGAGUGGUACGAGCACUGUAUAAGAGAACAUGCUGCAAUUCAUGCACUGGAGCUGGAGAAAUCAUCAUCUUCGACAGAUGCUCAAACUCGGGCUACAUUCAGUUUAAUCAUUGGCUACCUUGCUGAUCAUUGCAACUUGCCCACGAGGGAGCUGCUGUCACGAAGGUUUUGCCAGAAUAUUAAGAAGCAUAGGCUUAGGCAGCUUAUAGAUGAUACUAUUGGUUCUGUUCCUGCAGAUUCUUCUCUGAUAAACUCUGUCCUUGAAGUGUGCUUUGGCCCAUCCCUCCUUCCAAAAAGCAUUAGCGAUGUGAAGUACCUGGUUGAUUUUGUUGAAACAGUCAUGGAGGCUCUUCCUGCAAACUAUCGCCUGGGCUUGGCUGUUGGUGGAUUCGUAGCUAAGCACUUCACAGGUUAUGGCGCAGCCUCCACUGGGACCAGGUUCUGGGCAAGCUCUGUUCUGAUCAAUGCCAUCUUUCGAGCUGUACCUGUCGCACCGGAAUCAGUAUGGCUAGAAGGUGCAGGCCUCCUGGAGAAACUGCAUGCCACAGAGAUUUUGAAGAGGUUCUAUCAGCAGGCGGCAUCGGUCUAUCCCUUCUCCUUCAAGCUGUGGCACGCCCAUCUGAAUUACUGCAAAGCCAGUGGGAGCAACACUGAGAGCAUCCUGGAGAGUGCGAGGCAGCGUGGCAUCGAGCUGAAUCUGACACCAACAUAGUGUGUCCCUUGGAUCCAAGCUGCAUGAUGUUUUGCCAGUCGGAGAUGUUGGUAGUGUUGUGUUAACUGGAGAUGGCGUGUAGAUAUAUCGGUGAUCAUGGUGGUGUGAGAUCAUUUUUGUUCUUUAGGUGCAGGUUUAGUGGGACAUAGUCGUCGGUAUCUUACAGCAUGUGUUUCUGAUGGAGUGAUAUGGUUAGUAAGCAGUGGUGAAGGAUACAGGCAUACGGGCACUGGGGCAUAUACCAUACUUUUGGACUAGACGGGCUAGAGACUGAUUUUGGAGUCCGUUAUGUUUCCAUUUUCCGUUCUCUUGGUUUUCUCUGUCGUCAAUGUAUUAUAAUCAUGAUGAUGAAUGGAUGGAGAAAUGAGAUGAGAUUUUUUUGAGUUCACUCUUGCAGUUUCGGUUAUUAUAUUUUUGUGCUGUCUUCGAAUCUGAUUUGGUCGACGGCAUGUUUGGAAGUAAAGUAUUUUAAAAUCAGGUUUUGGAAUAC